AUGAUGCCGGGCAGACUAGCGGGAGUACCUGAAAAUCCACUAACACUAUCAUGGCACGACACCGCUUGGAUUCCUAUGCUGAAUCCAGCAAAUGUCAUGGAUUAUUUUUCUGAAAGGAGUAAUCCAUUUUAUGACAGACAGUGUAAUAAUGAAGUUGUCCGUAUGCAGCGCCUGGGGAUGGAUCAACUGAAUAAUAUGACUGGAUUAGAAUAUAUACUUCUGCAUGUUCAAGAGCCCAUUUUAUACGUUAUACGCAAACAACAUCGGCAUACUCCUGCACAAGCCACUCCUAUCGCGGAUUACCAUAUCAUUGCUGGAAUAAUAUAUCAAGCACCUGAUUUAAAUUCAGUUCUGAAUUCCAGACUGUUGUCUACAGUGCAUCACAUUCAAUCAGCAUUUGAUGAAGCAAGCUCAUUUUCACGUUAUCAUCCCUCAAAGGGAUACUCAUGGGACUUCAAGGAUCGGAAAAGUCGAGAAAGAGAGAGACAAGCUGCACUAUCAAAGAAAGAAACGGUUAAAGAUCAAGCAGGUUCUCAUUUCCAGCGUAAUCGUGUCCAUAUGCUCUUGGCAGAACUUUCUCGAAAAUUCCCAGAGCCUGCUUUUCAGCCAAGAGCUGUCACCGCUCCAGCAGAGGGUGCUGAUGUAAAGUCAGAAAUCAAGACUGAAAUCAAAACUGAAGUAAAAAGUGAACCAGGCACCCAGCCAAGAAUGAAACCACCCCCUGAAAAGAAGCAAAGACUUAAUUGAAGUGAAUUUAAGAAUAUUUAUGAUUGUUGAUGCUGAUUACUUAAAUUAACUCUGGUAAUGUGGCCCUGAAUCACUGUGGAGGCCUCUAAUAAUUUCCACAUCAUGCACCCUAAAUAACAUUUAUGGUAAAAAUCAUAAUUUUUAUUAAAUAAUAACUGACAUGUUCAAGACUAUGUACAAAUAUCAUGUUCAAAAAUAGUUAUACAAUGUAA